GUACAUGAGAUAAAGGAUUAGACUGCUCUCCUCACCUGGGACUGUACAUGAGAUAAAGGAUUAGACUGCUCUCCUCACCUGGAUAUGUACUUGGGGUGUAGGACAAGGCUGCUCUCCUCACCUGGGUCUGUACAUGAGAUAAAUGAUUGGGCUGCACUGGGGGGUUGGGACUAAUUUGGGGGAACAGUGGGAGGAGCUGAGGAUCUAAUGGGCACAGGGAGGUGAGUGAAGGAUUCAGUGGACUGGGAAUGCCGGGGGGAGGUUCCAGCAGAGGGAGAUGGAGACGUGGGGGGGCUCAGUACAAGAGGUAUGAUCUCUGCUACUGUCACUUCCCACUCUGUGACUGUCACUUGGGUACAGCCUCACUGCCAGUUCUACACCCUCUUAACGAAAAUGUUGUCACCUGUAUUGUAACCAGGAGCAGGGGUGUAACUAUAGGGAGCGACGGACCCACCACACCCUGCCCAUGAGACUCACCAUAUAAAUUAUAGAGGAAAUAAAAGAGAAUGUGAAGUUGCAGAACCCAGAGGAGCCGCUUCCUCCGCACAGAACCAGGACCCGCAGCGCAUCCGUGAGCCUGAUAAAGGCAAAGUAUUCCUGACUCUGAGGGUUCUGGGAAUUGUGAAGACAGGAAUUACAGUUGUAUUGUAUAGAUAUUUUGGCGGCUGUAACAUGGACUCAGCAAGCUCCAUCCUCCUCUUCAUCACCUGUUCCCUCCCUGUGUUCCUGGCCCCGGGGACCCAAAGCUGCCCGGCCGAGUGUCGCUGUUACAGCCUGACGGUGGAGUGCGGCUCCAAACAACUGACGAGUGUUCCCUCCAGUGUCCAACCUUCCACUCAGACGGUGUUUCUACAGGACAAUGUCAUCAGCCAGAUCCAACAGCAGGACCUGUCCCAUCUCUCGGGCCUCCAGUACCUCUACCUACAGAACAACACUAUCUCUGCCCUGGAACCUGGAGCCUUCAAAUCCCAGCAGCACCUGCUAGAACUGGCCCUUAAUGGAAACCGGAUCCACCUCAUCAACAGCAGCAUCUUCAAAGGACUGGAGCACCUCCGGGUUCUGUACCUCGCAGGGAACCAGAUCACUCGCCUGUUGGCCUACACCUUCUCUGACCUGCAGAGGCUGCAGGAGUUGCACUUGCAAGAGAACAGCAUUGAGACCCUACAGGAACAGGCUUUCUCUGGACUCUCCUCCCUGGCGUUGCUGGACCUCAGCAAGAACAAUAUGCGCACCAUUAGCCGCUCCUCCCUGCGCCCCCUAAUCAGUCUCCAGGUGCUGAGACUCACAGAAAACCCUUGGAGAUGUGACUGUGCCCUCCACUGGCUCAGAGCGUGGAUAAAGGAUGACGGGCAAAGACUUCUCAGUUCCCUGGACAAAAAGAUCAUUUGCUCAGAGCCCCCCAGGCUGCUGCACCAAAACUUGGUGGAUAUUUCUGGCAACAGUCUGGUUUGUAUUCCUCCCAUGGUCCUUGUGGAGCCCAUGGAGGUGACAGCCCGUCUUGGUGAAGAGCUGAGGGUCAGCUGCAGAGCUACUGGAUACCCACAACCCCUGGUUACUUGGAGAAAAGUCGCUCAUGCUCGCACCAGUCCCCCCAAAGUCAACUUGAAGUCCACCAGCAGCAGGAAGUUUGAGCUGAGUGAAAGGAGUGUAGGGGAGCAGUUUGAUGCAGCCACUGGCAGCGGAAUGCUCUUCCUCAACAAUAUAACCGUGUCCCAUGCUGGAAAAUAUGAAUGUGUGGCCUCCAAUCCCGGUGGGACGGCAAAGGUUCUAUUUCACUUGGCAGUCAACCUUUCCAAUCAGCAGUCUCGCACGUACACUUCUGUAGACAUUAGCCAAGAGCCACUGUAUGACUUGGAAAGCAUGGAGUUCACUGCAUUGAGUAUGGCAACUCAGACCACCAUUGCCAUUGGAAUUUCUUUGCUGGCUCUCACGGCCAUGCUACUUAUUGUCAUGAUCUACAGAAAGUACCACAAGAGAAAAAAAGCAAAGAAGGAAGAGAACAUCUUAUAUGUCAACGACUACUCUGAUGGCCCAACCACCUUCGCCCAACUGGAAGAGUACAGGGAUGAGCGAGGGCAUGAGAUGUUUGUCAUAGACCGGAACAAGUCCCAUUUCCCUACAUACAAAGACACAGAAGGACUCAGCAGUAUUUCUGGACUCUCCGAUCUCACAGAGCAGCUCCAAAACCAAGGGACCCAAACCCCGAAGGACGAGGCAGAGCAUCCAAUCAAUGAUAUUUUCAUGAACCAAGGCUUCCUCUUCCAGCAGCAAAUUGCCUACGAAAUCCACUGCUAAGACGAACCAGUGGCACCAUAAACUGAUAAGACUUGGAGUUUUAAUACUAAUUGGGUUUUAUACACUUAACUAAGAGUCCGGCAGCAUCAGAGUCUCCAUCUUCUUCUUCUUCUCCAUUCUCAUUCCUUCUGCACCUUCAAAAUAAAACUCAUCACAAAACUCAA